AAGCUCAGAUCGCAUGUUAACUGAAGAACACCUCUGCCCUGAUGCUGCCAUGGGCCUGCAGUAAACAGUGGAGAACAAUUAACCAGUCACCUGAGUACUGUCAUGGCUGAGAGGGCCAGUCAGACUGACCAUGAAGAAGAGAAGCUGGGUCAAGAUCUAAACACUCCUGGUGAUCAACGUGGAGACACUGCCACUGUUGGGGAAACCACAGAUGUAGAUUCUAUUGACGAUCAGCAGCGUCCAACCCAACCUGAAGAAGAGUCUGAGUGUCCAGGCUGCCAGUCGCUGGGCAUAAUGACGCUGCCUUGUGGACACAAACUGUGUCCCAAAUGUAUUGAGAUGAGCAAGGGGGAGCUGGGCCAGGUGGGCUGCACCAUCUGCUAUGGCUCACAAUUGAUGGACUCGGUCCUGCACACUUUGCUGGAAGCCCUUUUCCACGGCCAGCCCAGGAGACCUGGGGUCACACGUGGAGCUCUAGAGGAGAGUGUCAGGGCAGCAGAGGAUGGAGGGAAAGCUGUGGGUGGAUAUGGUGUUGAGGAGAAGGAAGAGCUGUGUGUGGAGCAUGGGGAAAUGCUCAGUGUGUUCUGUUUGGAAGAGGGGCAGCCACUGUGUCAGCAGUGCCGUGCAGACGAGCAUGAAGAGCACCAGUGCUGCUCCAUACAGGAGGCUGUCCUCGACUGCAAGAGAGAGCUGCGAUCUGCAAUCAGAAGUCUUAAGGAGCAGUUAGACAGUUUCACCUCAAUCAGACAAACCUGGGAGGAUUCUGCUGCUCACAUCAAGAGCCAAUCAGUACAAACAGCCCAGGUGCUGAGGGAGGAGUUUGAGAAGAUGCACCAGUUGCUCCGUGAUGAGGAAGCGUCUCUAAUGUCACAGCUGAAACAGGAAGAGGAGGAGAAGAGUCAGAGAAUGAAAGAAAAGAUUGACAGGAUCAACAAUGACAUACGGGUGCUGACCAACAGUAUCAGAGAGACAGAAGAGGCCAUGGGCUUUGAUGACUUCCUCUUUCUAAAAAACUACAAGAGGUCUUCUGAAAGGGCUCAGUGCAGAGUAGAGGAGCCUGAAUAUGAAUACGGAGCCCUACUUGAUGUGGCCAAACACCAAAGCUGCGUGCAGCACCAAGUCUGGGAGAAGAUGCUGAGGGCCAUCCAGUACUUUCCAGUGACCAUGGACCCUAACACAGGCUCAGCAUGUUUAGGUGUGUCUCCUGACCUGUCCAGUGUGUUUGUGUGUGAAGAGCAGUCUCUUCCAGAAAACCCAGAGAGGUUUGUGAGCCCACAGAGCAUCCUGGGCUCAGAGGGCUUCAGCUCAGGAAGGCACAGCUGGGAGGUGGAGGUGGGAGAUAACAGCCACUGGUCUCUCGGUGUGGCCAGUGAGUCAGUCCACAGAAAGGACUGGUCCAACUCUGAUCUAAAUCCCAGUCCUGCCUUAGACUCUGACGUAGACCCUGGUGGUGGCCUGUGGACUGUGUCCCUGUCUUCUGGGGAGUUCUGGGCCUCACCUGGCCACAGCACACCCCUAAAAUUGAGACGAAAGCCAACCAGAGUCAGGAUUCAGCUGGACUGGGAGAGGGGGUGUCUGACUUUCUCUGAUGCUAAUGAUAACGCUCUGAUCUAUCGCUUUAAAAAGCAAUGGAGUGGCAGCCUCAGGCCGUAUUUCUCCACGACGUGCUCUAAACACCCACUGAAAAUCACAGCAGGGAGAGUGACUGUUAACAUAGAAUAGCAUCAUACUGGUAUUAUAGGAAAGGAACAGCAUGUCUUUAGGAGAAAAAAGCGAAAUUCAUAUCUGUGUACCCUGCUUAAGGAUUGGCUUUAUUAACAUAACUUAGCCUGAAAACUUGAGUAGGUUGGACAUUUCUGUAGCUUAGUCAAGUCAAAAUUCGGAAAGUCUUACUUCAAGCUACACUAUAUUGCCAAAAGUAUUCAUUCACCCAUCCGAAAAACUGAAUUCAAUUCCAUGGCCACAGGUGUAUAAAAUCAAGCAAGUAGCUACUAAAUAUUCCACAGUCAAUUGUCAGUGGUAUUAUAGCAAAGUGGAAGCAAUUAAUAAAGACAGCAACUCAACCAAGAAGUGGUAGGUCACGUAAAAUGACAGAGCGGGGUCAGCGGAAGAUGAGUCACAGAGUGCACAGAGGUUGCCAACUUUCUGCAGAGUCAAUCACUACAGACCUCUAAACUUCAUGUGGCCUUCAGAUUAGCUCAAGAACAGUGCGUAGAGAGCUUCAUGGAAUGGGUUUCCAUGGACGAACAACUGCAUCCAAGCCAUACAUCACCAAGUGCAAUGCAAAGCGUCAGGUGCAGUGGUGUAAAGCACGCCACCACUGGACCCUAGAGCAGUGAAGACGCGUUGCCAGGAGAACGGUACUUGUCUGACUGCAUUGUGCCAAGUGUGAAGUUUGAUGGAGCAGGGGAUUAUGGUGUGGGGUUGUUUUUCAGGAGCUGGGCUUGGCCCUUUUGUUCCAGUGAAAGGAACUCUAAAUGCUU